AUGCAACUCUCGUACGUCUUCAAGAUUAUCUCCUUCCUGGCGCUCGCUACUGCCAGCACCGCUGCGCCAACAACCACCUCCACUCUAUUACCGCCCUCAAAAGACCCCUGGUACACCGCGCCAGACGGCUUCGAGCAUGCCGCGCCUGGUGACGUGCUGCGCUUUCGCAAGGCGCCUGGCAAUCUGACCACCACCACUUUCGGCAACGCGAGUUGUGUAUACAACAUCCUCUACAGAACCACUAACGCUCGCUACCAUCCUUCCUGGGCCGUGACGACCCUCUUCGUGCCAAAAGAAACAAACGGAAGCGCACUGCUAUCCUAUCAGAUCCCAUACAACAGCGUCGACGUGGACUCCAGCCCGAGCUUUACCCUCCAUGGCCCUGUCUCCUCUCUUGGACUGAUCCAAAGCGACAUCCAAACAGCUCUCAGCCUUGGACGGUACGUCAGUGUACCUGAUUUUGAGGGACCGACGGCGUCCUUUUUUGCUGGUGUUCAAGAGGGCCAUGCUACGAUUGACAACGUUCGUGCGGUGCUCAAUCAUGGCUUUGGUCUCAAGGAGGACGCGAGAUAUGCGAUGUGGGGCUACUCCGGAGGCAGCGUCGCCACCGAAUGGGCAGCUGAACUCCAAGUCCAAUACGCACCCGAGAUGCACUUCGCAGGAGCCGCAAUGGGAGGCGUUGUCUCCAACGUCACGAGUGGCCUCCACGCAGCCGAUGGUACCAGAUGGGCUGGCCUUGUCCCAGGAGGUUUGCUCGGCAUCACAGAUCAGUAUCCACAGGCCCGCGAGUACCUGCUCUCCCAGCUCAAGACUGAAGGACCGUACAACAAGACGGGCUUCCUGGCGACGGAGAAACUAUCGAUCGCAGACGCCUUCACACUCUAUUUCAAUCAGACCGUCUUCAACUACUUCAAGAACGGCAAAGCUGUGCUGAUAUCGCCCUUGAUACAGCGAGCGAUCAACGAUCAAGGCUACAUGGGUUACCAUGGCGUUCCGAUUAUGCCUAUGCUCAUGUACAAGGCGGUUGCAGAUGAGAUUACUGCGAUUGAGGACACGGACGUCAUGGUUGAUGAGUAUUGCAAGGUUGGAGCGAACAUCGUUUACGAGCGCAAUACAAUUGGCGGUCAUCUGGCGGAGGAAACGAACGGUGACCAGCGGGCGCUAGAAUGGUUGACGCAGGUGCUUAGUGGGACCUACCAUCACAAGGGCUGCACAGUCAAGAAUGUUGCACUCAACGUGACGGACUCGCCGCUUUGA